AUGACGAAACAAGAAGCAUCACAAGAUGACAUCUCUCCGGGUCACAAUGACCAGGGCAUUGCGCUCUCAAACGAGGAUGAACUUCGCUCCAAGAUCUUGACCGCUGAGCGCUCAACUCUCCCAGACGGCUACUUUCUCAGCCGCGAGUUCGUUGGAACGUUUGGCGGCAUUGCGUUCAGUCUUGCAGCGACAUACUUUGCCUUCCAGGCUGGUGCCGGUGCCCUCAUAAACAUCAACCAGCACAUCGGCCCCAGUGAGAACUACUACCUAUUCUCAAUUGUGUGGACGGUAUCUCAACCCAUCUCGAUGCUCUUGUUUGGCCGUCUCUCUGACAUGUUUGGUCGCCGAAACCUUGCUCUUGGUGCCAAUGUCCUCGGUAUCUGUGGCGGUAUUGUUGCUGCCACUUCCCAGAGCAUCAACCAGCUCAUUGCUGCCAAUGUUCUCUUGGGUCUUGCCUCGGGCAUUCCAGGUUCAUAUCCUCUUUUGACAGGCGAGCUUAUGACGAACAAGCUCAAGUUUCUUGGUACUAUCGUUGUUGUAGUGCCCAAUAUCAUCGCCACUGGCUUCGGUCCGUACCUAGGUCUUCGACUUAGCAUUCUUAGUUCAUGGAGAUGGAUCUUUUACAUCUACAUCAUCUUAAUGCUAAUCGGUACUACCCUCUGGUACUUCUUCUACCACCCUCCUUCUUUUGUGCAACUUCACGGAACAAGCAUCAGCCGAAAGGCCGAGCUUGCAACUAUCGACUGGGUUGGCACUUUUAUUCUUGUCUCGGGCCUUGUUCUCUUCCUUCUUGGAAUUGCCUGGGGUAUUGAUGUAGGAUAUUUGUCCUGCGGGAAUGCUUAA